AUGGCCCCAACGCUCGACCACACGUCUUACCCAGACCUAAUGGACGCCAUCAUCGCGCACAGCGACUUUGGUGCACUCUUGGCCCUGCGCGCGGCGUCGCGCGCGUACCGGGACCGGGUCGACGCGCUCCUCCUUUCAGACGUCGGCCUCGCUCCGGCCAAGAAAGCACACUUCGACCCCUCCUGGCCAUCAGCAUGGCCUGCGCUCGUAAUAGAGUAUGACGGCCGUGUACUGCCGCUCCCCCCGAGCGCAGUAUACACCCUCACUAUCCCGCGCGGCACGGUGCCCGCCGACGCGGGCAACGACCUCCUCGACAAGUUUACUGCGCUGCGCGUCCUCCGCCUCACCGAGGCGCCGGACACGUUCUACCCCGUCGCCGAUACGGUCGUGUACGCUAUCCCCAUGCAAGCCCGGGGGACGAUGGACGCCGAGGCGCGCCGGGUCGUGCUCCACGUCGCGCUGGACGGCACCGACACGUCCCAUGUCGACGUGGACGCCGAGUGUUCAGUGCUGGACCUCGUGCUCUGGCGCAAGGGGCCCGACAUCCCGCUCUAUGCUGUGUGUUCGCUGGUGCUGGACAUGCUGUUUGUGCCAGGGCGCACGAACACGGUCGUCGGCGCCUCCGAGCUGUGGGUCGGAGUGGGUGACGACGACGCCGCGCGCCGCUUGCUUGACGCUGUGCGUGCGCAGGGACAACAGCAGGGCAUCGAUGGGCUGCUUGACGGCUUUGACGAUCGCCUCGACGCUGUCCGCUUCGUCUCGCAUUCCCAGUGGUUCGAGGAGCUCGGCGACGACCGCCAGGCGGUUGGGGACUGGGUGCUGGGCUUGCCGCUUUAA